UGUUGAGGGUGGUGGCCGCCAGGGGACUCUCGUGCCGCUACUAGGUGUCGUCUGGAAGCUUCCCGCUCUAACGAAUAAUUGUUCCCCUGUUGUAGAUAUUCAGUUUGGCGACGCUGCACCACAAAGAGAGACUGUGACACUGUCUGGAGACAGGAUGGUCAAGGAAACAGGGUAUUAUGAUGUCCUUGGGGUUAAACCUACAGCUACCUCAGACGAACUUAAGAAAGCAUAUCGUAAACUUGCUCUUAAGUACCAUCCUGACAAAAACCCGAAUGAAGGAGAGAAGUUCAAGCAUAUCUCACAAGCAUAUGAGGUGUUGAGCAAUGAGGAGAAACGAAAAAUAUAUGACCAGGGAGGAGAGCAGGCACUCAAGGAGGGUGGCACUGGAGGCGGCAACUUCACCUCGCCAAUGGACAUCUUUGAUAUGUUCUUUGGGGGUGGUAUGAGACGUGGCCGUGAAAAGAAAGUGAAGGAUGUAAUCCAUCAAAUGAAUGUAACCCUGGAAGAACUCUACAAUGGUGCUGUCAGAAAACUUGCUCUCCAGAAACAUGUAAUCUGUAGCAAAUGUGAAGGACAGGGAGGCAAGAAACCCCCAGAGAAGUGCCCUAGUUGUAGAGGAACAGGCAUGCAGGUACGAAUCCAGCAGCUUGGGCCCGGUAUGGUGUCACAGGUACAGAGCAUGUGUGGUGAGUGCCGGGGCCAGGGCGAGCGCAUCAGCCCCAAAGACAGAUGUAAAACCUGUGAAGGGAAAAAGGUCGUCAAAGAUAGAAAAAUCCUAGAGGUACACGUUGACAAGGGUAUGGAAGAUGGACAAAAGGUGGUUUUCUCAGGGGAAGGGGACCAAGAGCCAGGUUUGGAGCCUGGUGACAUCAUCAUUGUCCUGGAUGAAAAGGAACACCCAGUAUUUAGCAGACGUGCGAAUAAUGACCUCACCAUGCAGAUGCACAUAUCCCUUGUUGAGGCUUUGUGUGGCUUCCAAAAACAAAUUAAAACAUUAGACGACAGGACUAUUGUUAUAAGUACCAUUCCGGGUGAAGUAAUAAAGAAUGCCGAAGUUAAAGCAGUAUUAGGUGAAGGUAUGCCCCAAUACAAGAAUCCAUUUGAAAAGGGGCGAUUGCUCAUUCAAUUCUUGGUGGACUUCCCACCACAUAUUCCAUUGGAUCGUAUUUCCAGGCUCGAAAAGAUUCUACCUAAUAGGCCUGGGGUGAUGAUACCAGAUGAAAGUGAAGAAUGCCAGCUAAUCGAGAUGGAUAGGUCACAGCGCAGCCGUCGGCACAAUCACUCCUUAUACGAUGAGGACGAUGACGAUCAUCAUGGUGGUAGGCAACAUGUACAGUGCCAAACCAGUUAGAAGAUCUGACUGUUGUACAAACUUGUAAACUAUAAACUGAUCUACUGAAGUUGAAGUAAUCUGAAAUUUGAGGAAAAUUUGUGAAUUAUUCAAGGAUAUUUUAUGUAUUUGUUUAUAAUUAUUAUUUUUUGGAAGGCUUGAGUAACAGUGUUUUGUAGAAACUGUAAUUCAACAUAAAGUUUGUGACACGGCAGAAGCACUCGAUCAAUUGUGAAAUGGAUUACAAGGAAUUAAAAUAUUAUAAUUUAAUAAAACCAGUGCACUACAUUUCACAUCAGCACACAAGCAUAAACUUAUACAUAAAUACACUCCAAACUCCACACAAUCAACUUACACAAACACUCCCCAAAAUGUGUAACGUGUAUAUACGUCUGUAAGUGUUUGAUUAGCACUACAGUACGUUAAGUGUUUUAUGGUGUUCAGAAAAAACUAUGUACAUACUGCAUCUGCAUUUUAUUUUUCAUUUUGGACUUUUAAUAAUUCAAAAAUUAUUUAAAGCAUGAACCUUAUUUUAUGUCAGAAUAUUAGUUAAGUUGCUGAGUGGCACUAUGAUAUAUGGCUGAAAUGUGAUAUUUUAACAUGUCAGAUGACUAGCUGUAUUAUUACUGUACUUGUAUUAUUAUUAUUAUUGAUUAUUACUCUGGGUUGAGGGAGAGGAUGUAUUGUGUAAGUAGAUCGGUAUUUUUUUUCUUUGUUGUCAUAAACAGUAGUAAUUUCAUAUAUUCAGUAAGACCAGUUUUAUUUUUGUCAUUAACAUUUUAUAAAAUCUUACUUGAUAACAUACUGCAGUGGUGUAUAUUAUAUUUUUUAUUUUCAUAUUUAUUUAAUUUGAGUAAAUUUUAUGUCAGUCAUUCACUCUUAUGGCGUCUGUAGUCUAUCUAGGUAGAUAUAUAGAUAGACUAUAGAAUGUAUAGUCUUUCAGAAUACUCUGCUUGCUGCCAAUAAAUACAUUAUUAAAGGUAGCUGUCAGUGUACAACCUGUUCAAGAUUACAGGAUUUAAAAAAUUUUCAUCAUUUAAUCUCAUCUUCAGUUAUAACAUUAUACAGAUGAGUAUUAUGAUAAUACUUACUAGAUAACUGAAAGCUGAAGUGCAUUCAUUCCCUGAAUAGCAUAAGUAAAUUGUAUGGAGUUAGAAUAACUUUUUAUCUUCUGUUUGUGGACAUGAAAGCUGUCAGUUGUGUUAGAAUGUUUAAAUAAAGGGAAUAUAAAAAUUGCCAAGAAAGCAAUUUCUAAUCAUGUUGAAAGACAGAUACUCCUUGUUUACUUUGGUAUUUGUAGUUAUUAAGCACUUAAGUUAUACUGUACCACUUUAAAGCUGUAGUUAAAGUUGCAGUCAUGAUAUAAAUUUUCAAAAUAA